CGUACACAAAUCUUCUCAACUGAUGACGUGUGCUUUGCGCAAAAAUCCCCUUGUUUUCAGUUUCACAAUAAAACCGGAUAAGGGUAUUCCUCUAUAAACCGAGGGUAUUUUUGUGUGGAUUGUGUCUUGAAACAUAAAGGAAAAUGGAAACAUUGUACCAUCAAACAAAUAAGCAAAUACAGGAGGUGCAGUCCCUCAUGGGACGCCUGGAGAACACAGAUCGUCAGUCUGUCCACUUGUUGGAGAACGAGCUGCAGGCCAGAAUCGACCAGAUCUUCAGCCAUUUGGAACGUCUGGAAAUCCUGACUAGCAAAGAACCGCUAAACCGGCGUCAGAACGCCAAACUGCGGGUAGACCAGCUGAAGUAUGAUGUUCAGCACCUCCAGACGGCGCUGAGGAACUUCCAGCACCGGCGCUACUCACGAGAGACCCAGGACCGAGAGAGGGAGGAGCUCAUGAGUCGUACCUUCACCACCAACGAUGCAGACACCUCCAUCCCCAUAGACGAGACGUUGCAGUUAAACUCCAACCUGAACAACGCACACAGAGGCAUGGACGACCUCCUGGGCAGCGGCAGCAGCAUCCUCACCGGACUCCGGGACCAGAGGGGGACGCUCAAGGGAGGAGAAGAGAUGGUGUUCCUGGUGGAGGCUGCUGUGGGCCUCCUGUUAUCAGGGCGUCUGGUGAUCAGAUGGGCUGGCCGUGAGAAACAGCUGAGGGACAGACCGGGAGGACAGAAUGGCUGGGUGUGGUUCCUCAGACAGCCUCUCCCUAAUCAGGGACCCACAAGAAGAUGCUGGAUGUGGCCAACAUGUUGGGUCUGUCCAACACGGUGAUGAGGCUGAUCGAGAAGAGGGCCACCCAGGAUAAGUUCAUCAUGAUUGGAGGGAUGCUGCUCACCUGUGUGGUCAUGUUCCUGGUGGUCAAGUACCUGGGCUGACCAUGACCGCGUCCUCAACCACAGUUUUGCGUUGGUCUUGGACAUUUUUGCACAAUAAGCCCAUAAGAUACGUGAACGGUGAUAAAUUAGGCUCCUUGAAAGUAUUGUUUUCCGAUCGGAAGGCGAGGAAUUAUCCGUCUUUUAAUUUCCAUGGGUUUUGUCACCCACUUCUAUUUCAACCACUCUUUGUUUGCACCAGGAAAAUGGGUGUUAAGCAAGACAUAUACACUGAGUGUACAACACAUUAAGGAUGCCUUCCACCUUUUGCCCUCAGAACAGCCUCAAUUCAUCAGGGCAUGGACUCUACAAGGUAUUGAAAGCAUUCCACAGGGAUGCUGGCCCAUGUUGAUUCCAAUGCCUCCCACAGUUGUCAAGUUAACUGGAUGUCCCUUGGACCAUUAGUGACGCACACGGGAAGCUGAUGAGCAUAAAAAACAGCGUUGCAGUUCUUGACACAAACCAGUGCGCCUGGCACCUACUACCAUACCCUGUUCAAAGGCACUCUUUUGUCUUGCCCAUUCAGAGUGGCACACAUAUACAAUCCAUGUCUCAAGGCUUACUUAAAAAAAAAAAGCAUAUUCUCCAUUUAUACUGAUUUGAAGUGGAUUUAACAAGUGACAUCAAUAAGGGAUCAUAGCUUUCACCUGGUCAACCUGUUAUGGAAAGAGCAGGUGUCCUUAAUGUUUUUGCACUCAGUGUCUAUACUUUAAUUUGACUUCAAACUGAACAACGUGGAACCUUGCAUCCAUAACUCCAGCUCGCUGACACCUGCCACUCAUCUCGGCGGUCAUCCACCUGACGGCCUGUGUGUGAAGCCGUAGGUGGGUGAGAGAGAACAUUUCAUGACUGGCUACCUUAUUUCAAACGAAUUCUCCUUCAAGGUCCAUUUCCUUGCCUUAGUCUCCCCUAUAAUGAGUUCUCCAUUGCCUUGUGAGUGGUUUCAUCUUCACCAUCGAUUUGAAGCAUUAUUUUACUGUUUGCUGCUCUAUUUCCCAAAAUGGACAGAAAAAAAGUUCUGGAAAUGGAUGAAAAUCUGAUGUUGCACCUCAUCACACAUCCUAAUGACACUGCCUGGAGAACACUUAUGUCAGAUGAACCAAUACAUUUAUGUAGCCCAGGGAGGAAGAGGGCAGUUAACAGGGACCUGUGCACAAGCUACAGACCGAUUAGUAAGAACAAAAACACAACAGUGAUAAAAUAUUCUGCUUGUCAUGUUUUGAGAAACUAUCUAUACAAAGGUGUAUUGUCGUCACACUUUCAAAAUGUAAAUUGUCUGGACAUUUGCUUGGCCCUAGUCUCACUAUGUUAGUGCAACCAAGGUUCAAAUUGUAAUUCUCUGAAGAUCAAAAAUUAAACAUUUUAAAAACAACUGGUCUUAAA